AUGUUCUGUGGUAUUGUUGUUCAAUUGGAAUGCGUGAUGAAAUGUAUUGGUUGGACAGACAAUCAAGAUUCAACACCGAGGUACCGUCUUAACUGGCAUGCUUGGUUCCUCGUCAUGAAACUUCAGCAUGAUCCAAAUACCUUAAUUCACGAGAGAAAGCUUAAAUUUCACCAUCAAUACCAAGGGACUUAA